GCGAUGGAAUGUCGCGUGUUGUCAAUUCAGAGUCAUGUGGUCCGAGGAUACGUUGGAAAUAAGUCGGCGACUUUCCCUCUGCAGGUUCUGGGCUUUGAAGUAGACUCCAUAAACUCUGUGCAAUUCUCCAACCACACAGGCUACGCCCAUUGGAAGGGUCAAGUAUUGAAAGCUGAUGAGCUCAAUGUGCUGUAUGAGGGCAUCAAGCUCAAUAAGGUCAACCACUAUGACUACAUUCUCACAGGGUACAGCAGGGACACGUCCUUCUUGAUGGCCGUUGUUGACAUUAUUCAAGAGUUGAAGAAGGCCAAUCCCAGUUUGGUAUAUGUUUGUGACCCUGUAUUGGGAGACCAUGGUGCAAUGUAUGUCCCAGAAGAACUUCUGCCAGUGUAUCGGGACAAAGUAGUGCCUUUGGCCGACAUCCUUACCCCCAAUCAGUUUGAGGCAGAGCUGUUAACUGGACGGAAAAUCCGCUCAAUAGAAGAUGCUCUUGAGGCAAUGGAGCUACUUCACAAAAUGGGUCCAAAAACUGUUGUACUCACUAGUACUGACUUGCCUUCAAAUCAAGGAGAUCAGCACCUGGUGGCCCUUGGGAGCCAAAAAAUAGUAAAACCAGAUGGGAGCCUUACUGUUCAGAAGAUUUGCAUGAACAUCCCCAAAGUUGAUGCUGUGUUCGUGGGGACGGGAGACUUGUUUGCUGCUUUGUUGCUUGCCUGGACUCACCAUCACCCCAAGGACCUGAAGGCUGCCUGUGAAAAGACUGUUUCGGUCAUGCACCACGUAAUUAAGCGGACCAUUACUUAUGCUAAUGAUAAAGCCGGACCAGGGAAAAGGCCAAGCCCUGCACAGCUGGAGUUAAGAAUGGUUCAGAGCAAAGGCGACAUUGAGAAUCCUGCCAUCGUUGUGGAAGCUAAUAUUUUACACAAUUCUUAA